GAGGCGCGAGAGGUCUUCCAAUCGAUGCCUCGGAAGAAUGCCGUGACAUGGAACGCGAUGAUCCAGGCCUAUGCCCAAAACGGGUAUUGGGAUCAAGCCAAAGAGAUUUUCGAUGCCAUGCCGGAGAAGAAUUCCAUUGCCGCCUGGAAUUUCAUGCUCCAGCAAACGCUUCAAACCGGUAAUCUAGAAGAAGCGAGGGCUCUGUUCUUGCAUAGCAUGAAAUUCCGGUCUCUCGCCACGUGGACGGUGAUGAUCGAUGGAUAUACAAGAAAUGGGCAUCUGACGGCCGCGAUGGAUCUCUUCUGGCACGGGAUUCCGGAAUGGAAUGUCGUCUCUUGGAGCGCGGUUGUUCAUGCUCUGGCACAAGCAGGGUUUGUGGCCGACGCGCGGAGGGUCUUCGACUUGGUGAUGGCGGAGCACAAUGCCAUAGCAUGGACGAUUUUGAUCCAGGCGUAUGCUCAAGCCGGCAAUCUGGCACUUGCGACGGAGCUCUUCGACUUAAUGCCGGCGAGGGACACAGCAGCAUGGAAUUCGAUGCUCCAAGGGUACGUUCUCCAUCACAGGAUCGAAGAAGCAGUGGCAUUCUUCCGGUAUUUGAUGCCCGAUCACGACGAGGCCUCGUACACCAUGAUGCUCACUGCGUAUGCCCAGACCGGGCAAAUCAACAAGGCCAGGGAUAUCUUCAGCACAAUGCCACAGCGAAGCAUCGUUGCUUGGAAUGCCAUGCUGGGAGCUUGCUCGGAGAUGGGGCUCUUGAAGGAAUCGAGGGAGCUGUUUGAGAGAAUGGCUCGACACAGCUUGGUUUCGUGGGGCUGCCUUCUAGCGGCGUAUGCUCACAGGGGAAAUCUCGAGCAAGCCAAGGAGAUCUUCGACGCAGUGCCCGAGCAUAAUCUAGCCAGCUCCAACUCAAUGCUUCAAGCUUUCAUCCUCGCCUCGAGAAAGGAGGAAGCACGAGAGAUGUUUGAAGGGAUGAUCCAGCGCGACGUUCUCUCUUGGACGAUUUUACUGGGAGCUUGUGGAUACUCAUGGAAGUUCUUUCUGCGCAUGCCGGAACUCGAUGUGGUGGCCUGGAACUCGAUGCUCGUGGCACUUGCCGCACACGGAGAAUCCAGAGACGCGAUUGAGCUCUUUGGAGUGAUGCAAAUCGAAGGAACGAUCCCGGAUGAAGUAAGCUUCAUGGGAGCGCUAGCAGCUUGCUCGCAUUUGGGCUUGCUCGCCCAGGGAUGGAGAUACUUCGUCUCGAUUACUGAGAGCUACUCGAUGCUUCCGACGAGCAGGCACUAUUGCUUCAUGAUAGACAUGCUGGGGAAAUCGGGACGAGGAGAAGAAGCUCACGAACUUCUCGAGGCGAUGCCGUUUGUCCCGGAUGCCGUUGCUUGGGGAUGCUUGCUCCAGCACCUGAGAUCAAGAUCUCACCGCCAUCUAGCAGUCAGCGCUGCUCGACGUGUUCUUGGGCUCUCUUCAUCAGCUGAUCGCUACGUCUCGAUCUAUAACUUGGUCCAGUCUAGUCGAUCAUCUUGUCACGACUACGCGACGUAGGUGCUGGAAAGGAGAGCAUACGGUGACGAGAUGGUUCUGUCGCAGCCUAUAGCCCCACCAGCCAUUGUUAGAGGUUGUACAACACUCUUCUCCAGAUCCAUCAAUAGAUAAAUUAUGCCUUUGCUCGUUGUGGAUCUUCUUGGACCCGACAGGGAGCAAGAAGCGCCAUCUGGGACUUUAGAGCAUGCUGGAGAUGAGAUCCUUGGCCUUGGCUAGCUGACCGCAGUAGUGCGCUCCCAGUGCUUGGACUUGAUGAUCGUCGACCAUGUUGCGAAAAUAAUUCCAUCCCUGCUCGAACAGCCCGAGCUGGCAGCAAGCGAGAACGCUCACAAACGCUGAAUGGUCGGGAUCAAACAUCAUCGUCGUGAAGGAGCCCUGGAGGAUCACGUCCAGAGCGACGAGGUUCUUCUCGCGCAUUCUAUCCAGCACUCUGCUCGCGGCUCCAAGAUCUCCGGAAGCAACGUAGGCUGAGAUCAUCAAGAGAUCAUCAAAUUGUCCUCGAUCAUGCCAGAGUGGAAGAACGAUACAGCGGAUUGAGCUUAGAUGGAUCAUUGUCGCCAUUGUGGCCAUUUCCCAGCCGGGCAUUCGUUGGAACAAGCGCUCAGCGCACAAGAAACACGAGGAGAAAAUGAAGAAUCGGAAGUAUCUUUUAAAGCCAGAUGAGGAGCGACCAUCGAUGUGGCAACCUCCAGAUUAUAGGAGACCGAGUUGCUUCUAUUGUUCCCUUGGGAAGGAGGAGACAUCAGAGGCAAAUAACCAUGAUCUCAUCUGGGCUUGUCUA